AUGGUGACAUGCAAGCACUGCAUCGAUUGGCAAGCAGACGACUCUUGGCAACAAUGACGACCAAAGGAAAGGAAGCGAGCAGACCAUCGUGGAUGACCGACGGGCAGGGGUAUCCAGGACGAACCUUUCCCACUCGGAUACUCAAGACGGAUCCCGAGGAGAGCAUCACCUUCACAGAAGCCUCGUCCUCGCAGCAUGCUGGUCCGUCAAGGGAGCCGCUACGUCGAGCAAAGGUCGAAGUCUCAUCAGCCGUCACACGGGAAGCGCUCCAAUUGGCUUCUGAAGCAGUGAGAGCUUCUCACAUUGUCUCAUUCCCCACCGAGACUGUUUACGGCCUGGGCGCAAAUGCCCUCUCCGCGACCGCCGCGUCCAGAAUCUUUGCAGCGAAAGGCAGACCCGCCGACAACCCGCUCAUCGUCCAUGUGUCCGACCUCGAGAUGCUCGAUCAGCUUCUGCCCACUGGCUACGAGCCGAAUAGAGUAUACAAGGCGCUCAUCAAGAGAUUCUGGCCGGGCGCAUUGACGCUCCUCAUGCCGGUCCAGGCCGAGGAAGCAGCAGGGCCUACCAGGAGAGGCGUACCGGCGCUCGUCCGCUGCAACCUCAAGACGCUGGGCGUCCGGAUGCCGAGUCACCCGCUGGCGAGAGCACUGAUUGCUACGUGCCAGGUUCCGCUAGCUGCGCCGUCAGCCAACACCAGCGGUAGACCGAGUCCCACUCGGGCAGAGCACGUCUAUCGGGACAUGACUCGUAUUGACUCAACGACAAGUGACGUGGGUGGCGAGGUGCAGGGGAGACUGCCCUACAUUCUGGAUGGAGGGCCGUGCGAGCUCGGUGUCGAGUCAACCGUCGUUGAUGGGGUCACGGCCAAGGGAGAGCUGCGCGUCCUGAGGCCAGGAGGCAUCUCGGUUGAGGCCAUGGAGGAGGCGCUAGAGGAGGAAGGACUUCUGGCAGUGGGAGAAGGAAUGGGUGCAGACGAGGCAGUGAGAGUGCGUGUGUAUGGAAGAGACAUGGCGCGGGACAAGCAUGAAGAGGCCAACCCAACGACGCCUGGAAUGAAGUACCGCCAUUACAGCCCCGACGCACAAGUCAUUCUCUUGGUCCCGUUCCGGCCAGACCAGGCAAAUGGCGUGAAUCCAGCAGCGGGGCCGACCAAAGAGCAAGCCAGAGGCACGACAGCGCUGGCCUUGGGCGAAAGUAUGGCACAGAAUGCACCGGCGAUGCCGUUGAAAGAGGCCGUGACUGCACACGUCGAGCGCGUUUACAGAGAAGGACUGGGGGGACAGCGACGGCCAAGAGUAGGCUUGAUGAGCAUGGACAACUCUCCCUUGACUCGAUCACUCGAAGAUCCACAACUCCACCGUUUCUCGCUCGGCUCGGUCGACGAUCGACAUGCGACAGCAGCAAAACGGCUCUUUGAUGGCCUGCGAAGACUCGAUGAGGCAGAGGGUUGCGACCUCAUCUUUGUCGAAGCCAUGCCUGACGAUCUGGGCUUGGGCCUGGCAGUCAUGAACCGACUUGCAAAGGCAGCGAGCGGCACAGCGCUUGUUGAAGUGUAGUCAGGGCGAGGAGGGCGCCGCGCUUCAUCAUAAUCUUCCCAUUGUGACACAGCACAGCGGAGUAGCGGGGCAGCAGCAGCCUUGUGCUAGACUAAAAGGGAAAUAAGAUGAAUGAGCUAUCGGUCAGCGAAUCGGUCA